AUGGAGAUUAGAGUGUUUUCAGAACUGGUAAACAAAAGUAGAGUUGCUGAGGAUUGUCUGAGAAAGGCGACAUCAGAUAAGAGUGAUCAGCGAAUUUUUGUUAAGAGAGAUCAGGGAAGGAACUUCGCCCCUAGAGGACAAUAUUUUAAGCGAGGCGGUUACACCCCACAACCACAUUUGGGUCAGAAUAACUUCCAGAGAUUCAGUAAUAAUAACAGCCAGGGAAGAGGCAAAGGAAAGCAAGCUCAGACCCCACCGAAUGAUUUAACUUGUAGGAGGUGUGGAAAGUACCACCCGAAUACUCCGUGCAGGGCUGGUUUAGGUGUAUGCUAUUACUGUGGUGAAGCUGGGCAUUUGUCUUGGAAUUGUCCAGAAAAGAAGAAGAAUCAAGAAGCUGGAAAGGCACAACAUCAGGGACGCGUGUUCACUAUGAUAGCGGAUGGUGCUGGAACCGCAGAUACUCCAAUUAGAGGUAAUCACGCACUGAUAAUCGAAAUUUUCGACUGCCUUGCAUAG